CCCGCGGGCUUGUUACUGAAGGUAUUAGGCCUGGAUUAACGUACAGCCAUAAAUUAACCUGGUUUAUUUAUUCUGUGUUUAGUGACUGCGUAGAAGUAACCAGCGCCUAACGACUGUCUUCACUGCACGACCRUCAUGAACGUUACCGUCCACAUCGCUGUCAGGACAGCAUUCUCGCUUGUCACCGUCACUGGUAUCGUUGGAAAUAUCUUGGUUUGUCUCGUCGUCCUUCUCAACAAACCCAUGCGAACACCCAUGAACUACCUUCUCGUUAACCUUGCCAUCUCAGACAUGAUGUUACUGGUUUUCUUCACCCCUACAUUCAUCUUCAGAGAUGCUUACACGCACCCUGCUGGCCAAACGGGGGAUAUUCUUUGCGURUUUUUAACUGGAGAGAGCUUUGCUUGGGUGGGUGGCUAUGCAUCCUCUUAUUUUCUUGUUGCCAUUGCAAUCGAACGACAUUAUGCCGUGACAAAGCCRUACGUUCAUGGCUAYAGUAUAACGCGAAACAARCUAAAAAUAYUWGUUGUUUCUUGYUGGAUUUUCUCAAUUGCKUGGAAUUCCAUUGGUUUSGCAGUAAAGCGUUAUGACCCAUCUUUAGAAUUCUGCGCCASCGAAUGGCCAGCGGAGUACUCGUUUAAAGUGUAUGCGCUCUUGUCUCUCAUUGUGCUCGGGAUUAUUCCAAUAACUACAAUGAGCGUGCUAUACUCCAGGGUUGUCUAUGCAUUAUGGGUAAAUCGAGAAGUCACGCAAGUCAAUAAUCUCGAAUCUGAACGAAAACGACGAAUGAAGGCGACCAAAAUGGUCUUAACGGUCAGCGUUAUAUACACGUUGUCAUGGGUACCGGAGCUUACGAUCUUUGUGGUGGCAGCUUAUGCACCAAGCCUUAUGGAUAGCACUGUAAUUUAUCCAGCGAGUGUUGCCAUGGUGACGUUAAACUCUGCAGUUAAUCCCAUAAUAUAUACUCUUCAUGGUGAACGUUUUCGUUACUUUUUAAAGAAGUUAGUUUGCUGUUGUACCAAAGGAAAAGACGAAUUGCGACCAAGCAACGUCCUGUCCAUGAACAGCGUGACUCAGUUUCAAGAAAAUGAGGGCKUUGACACUCGCUUAUGAAGAGUUUAACAUACAUGCAUGAAGAGUUUUGGAGAGCGAUGCGUCCACCAUCUUGAAGUGGGACUCGAAUUACUAAAUUGACUAAAUAUAAUUGAGUGCUAAAGAAAUUAAAAGGUUCUAAGCUAAUGUCAAGUUAAUAUAACACGAUAUAAUGAUAAAUUAGUUGACUUGAAAUUACGAAAUGCGUUUUAAUAUAAGGCACAACAUAUAUAGUGAUUCGGGUCUUACUUUUCAAGAUGGCGGACGCAUUGUUCUCCGAAAUACCUGAGCCA